ACUCAGUCAACAACUUCGUGGUUACAGGCAGGGAGAUGGCCGUCAAAAUGCAGUCUUGUGUGUUGUCACUUUUACUUUUGAACGUUUAUUACAGUUUUGUCUCAUCUCUCUACUUUCACAUCGGGGAGACCGAGAAGAAAUGUUUUAUAGAAGAAAUUCCAGAUGAAACAAUGAUCAUUGGAAACUACCGCACACAGCUGUAUGACAAGCAGAAAGAAGAAUACCUGCCAGCCACGCAGGGACUGGGCAUGUUUGUUGAAGUGAAAGAUCCUGACGAGAAGGUGAUCUUGUCACGGCAGUAUGGCUCAGAGGGAAGAUUCACAUUUACAUCUCACACCCCUGGAGAGCAUCAGAUAUGCCUCCACUCCAACUCCUCCAAGUUUGCCCUCUUUGCUGGGGGAAUGCUUAGGGUUCACUUGGACAUUCAAGUUGGGGAGCACACGAACAACUACGCAGAGAUAGCAGCCAAGGACAAACUGACUGAGCUGCAGCUGAGAGUGAGGCAGCUGGUGGAGCAGGUGGACCAGAUCCAGAAGGAGCAGAACUAUCAGAGGUACCGGGAGGAGCGCUUCAGGCAGACCAGCGAAAGCACCAACCAGAGGGUGCUGUGGUGGUCCAUUGUUCAGACUCUUAUCCUGGUGGCCAUUGGUUUCUGGCAGAUGAGACAUCUCAAGAGCUUCUUUGAGGCUAAGAAACUAGUGUACCUAAUUUCUGGGAAAGCAGACCAAAAUGUAUUUAUUUCUCACAUUUAUAACAGGCAGAUUCCCCCCCCCACUGAAAUAUCACCAUCAUUGUAUAUAUUUUUACAUGCACAGCAGUCCACUCGCAUACAUACACCCUCAGCCGUCUCAAGAGAACAAUUGUUUUCAUACUGAUUACAUUGCUAUUUUCUUGAAAAGGGUAUGUGUUACUGGCCAUUAGAGAUCCCAAAAUUUCUUUUUAGAAAGAAUGUACAUUGAGAGAUUAUUUUUUGGUAAUGUGCAUACUAAUGUAUUUUAUUAUGCUCAAUGUGAAUGUAUAUUCAACCUGUGUAAGUGAGUGUAUGGACUUCCAUAAAUCAUUGCAAUUGAAAUUGGUAAUCUCCAGUAGAUAUUCUGUGUAAAAUGGUACAUUUCUGAGCCGGUAUGUGAAAGGGGAAACCUAACAUGGUGGUAGUGCCAAGUACCUUGUAGACACUUUGGUUGUAGGUAUCUGGUAUUUUGUCAAAGAAAAACAUUUGUGGAUAAACUAUGCAUUUGUUCUAGAAGGAAAUGUGUUUCUACCUGUCAUGUUUAAGACAAUGGUAGAUAUGCUAAUUGUCUUUCGAAUUUGUUCGAUUUUGCAAACUUAUUUCUCAUUUCAUAUACAGCAAUCAAAUGUUUCCUCAUUUUGUUUUGUCUGCAAGUUCUCAGGUAGAGUUGCUCUAUACAGACACAUCAUAAAGGCCUGCUCCAUUUUUAGCUGACAGAAACCUGAAUAAUCUUGUCUUUAAGUUGUUAUUUUGGUUUAGAAAUGAGUCAAUGCUAUACAUCAGUGUUAUACACUUUUGAACUCAUCUGGAUAAAUUGAUCUGUACCUGUCUCAUUUGCUCAUUUGGUUUGUUUUUAUUUGAGGCCUCCAGCCUUCUCAUUCAAUUGAUAAAGACUAUUGACUAUU